AUGACGGAGGUGCGCAUGCGAUUGCGCCAGAAGGGCCAGCAGUUUCCCACACAAGACUUAGAAGCCUUCCUCCUUGCCUUCGGCGACAACGACUUUCCACUUCCUGAAACCGUGCGCGUGCUGGACGAGAUCGUGACGGACUACAUAAUCGAGACGUGCCACGAAGCCGCCGCGGUCGCACACCACGCUAGGCGCGCGAAAAUCAAGCUCGACGACUUCAAGUUCAUGCUGAGAAGAGACACGGGGAAGUUGGGUAGGGUCAGUGAGAUGCUGGAGACGGAUAAGGAGUUGAAGAGGAAGAGGAAGGCGUUUGAUACGGAUGAGGGGGCGGUACUGCAGAAGGGGGAUGCUAAGGAGGAGGAGGAUGUGCCGGCUAAGACGAGGGGGAAGGGUGGGGAUGAGGAAGGUGAGAGGAAGAAGAAGAAAAAGAAGAAGGAUAAGGCUAAGAAGGAGAAGUUUGGGGAUGAUGAAAGUGUUGUUUAG